AUGAAAUACUUGAUUCAUUUGACGACCAUUCUAUCAAGUAUAGGUGGUCUAUUGUAUGGCUAUGACAUUGGUGUCAUUAGUGGUAUAUUUCAGACAGAGACAUUCAUUCCUUAUUUCCAUAUGGAGCAAGACAAGAGUCAAAUUGAAGGCAACAUUGUAGCCCUCUUACAAGCAGGUGCUUGUGGAGGUGCACUUACGGCAAAUCUUAGUGCAGAUAAAUUGGGUCGACGUAAAUCAGUCAUGUUGAGUUGUUUAUUGUUCAUGUUUGGUAGCUUGAUCCAGACAGGUGCUAAGAAUCUAUCCAUGAUAUUGUUUGGUCGAUUUGCAGGUGGAUGGGGAAUGGGUGCUUGUUCCAUGCUUGUUCCCAUGUAUAUUGCAGAACUUGUGCCUUCUCAUUAUCGUGGUAGAAUGGGUGCAUUAUGGUCACUGAAUAUUGCUGUAGGCAUGACCAUUGCGUUUUGGACAAAUUAUGGUUGUCUUGUCAAUCUGAAAGGUGAUAUUCAAUGGAGACUUCCAUUAGGUCUUCAGGCUGUUCCUGGUCUCAUAUUAUUUCUGGGUAUGUUUGCAUUACCUGAAAGUAUUCGUUGGUUAGCUCUCCAAGAUCGUUUGGAUGAAGCAAAGACAGUAUUAUGCAGACUGCGACACCUUCCAGAUAAUCAUACAGACAUUCUAAACGAAUUCGAACAGAUUACAACAGCCAUUCAAACAGAAAAACAACACGACGGCACAAAAUGGCAAGAAAUGAGAGAACCUUAUAAUGUUCGUCGCAUCCUUUUGGGUUGUUUCUUACAGUCAGCUCAACAAUGGACAGGCACGAAUGCUAUUAACUAUUAUGGUCCAUUGAUCUUUCAAACAGUAGGACUCAAGGGCAACACAAGUAGUUUAAUGACGGGUGUUGUCAAAAUCUUUUUCUGCCUUGUUUCGUUUUUGUUUCUUGAUAAAAAAGGAGUUGGAAGACGACCUGUGCUGCUUUCUGGUUCAGCAGCCAAUGUUGUUAUUUUGUUGUAUACUUUGUUAGGAAUAGAAGUCAAUCCUGCUUAUGGCUAUGUGGGUCUAACGAUGAUUUAUCUCUUUGCUGUUUCUUUUGAGUUUACGUGGGGGCCAAUGACUUGGAUUGUUUGUUCAGAAAUCUUUCCUAAUCGUAUUCGAGCUGUCUGUAUUUCUUUAACUACUUCCAUGAAUUGGGCCAUGAAUGCAAUUAUUGGUAAAGUAACACCACUGAUGAUGGCUUCUAUUGCCUAUGGUACAUUCUUCUUUUAUGCAGCGUGUGCUUUUGUGAUGGGCCUUAUUGUCUAUGUCUUUUUGCCAGAAACACAGGGCAAAUCUCUUGAACAAAUGGACCAAGUAAAGAGGACAGAAUGA